AUCACGGACGCCCUGUGCUCGACCCGCGCUGCCGUGCAGGAGGGCAUCGUUCCCGGUGGUGGUGUGGCGCUGCUGCGCACGUGCAAGGCGCUUGACAAAUUGCUCGGUGACUCGUCUCUCACGGCGGACCAGCGCACCGGUGUGCAGAUCAUCCGCAACGCCGUCCGUCUGCCUGCGCACACAAUUGUGCAGAAUGCUGGGAAGGAGGGCGUAGUUGUGGUGGAGAAGGUUCUGGAGACCAAUGAUGCCGCCGUUGGCUACGACGCGCAGCGUGACCGCUACGUGAACAUGUUUGAGGCGGGCAUUAUCGACCCCACCCGUGUCGUCCGUGUGGCGAUUACCUACGCCGUUUCUAUCGCCAGCCUGAUGAUGACUGCCGAGGCCGCUGUCGUGGAGUUGCCAAAGGAAGAAACCCCGCAGCCGGUGGUAUGGGUGGCAUGGGCGGUAUGGAUGUAA